AUGCAGUUGGCACCAAAAGAGCUAGAUAAGCUCGUCAUUUCACAAACAGGUUUCCUCGCCCAACGACGACUUGCACGAGGAGUCCGUCUGAACCACAGCGAAGCCUUGGCCUUGAUCGCGAGCGUCCUGCACGAAUUGAUAAGAGAUGGCGAGCACACGGUUGCGGAUCUCAUGUCCCUGGGCACGACUUUGCUCGGGAGACGACAUGUUCUACCUAGCGUCCCGCAUACACUCACAGAGAUGAUGGUUGAGGGCACGUUCAGGAAUGGAACAUAUCUGGUGACAAUCCAUAAUCCAAUCGCAACGGACGAUGGGGAUUUGGAACGGGCUCUUUAUAGCUCCUUUCUACCUAUACCCAACGUCGAGAAAUUCCCCUGGCCCCCGAUCGAAGGCUUGGACGCAUGGAGUGAAGAGAAGAUGCCAGGUGCUAUCAUUGCUGUCAAGGGCCAAAACGGGAGGAUCAAAUUGAACGAGGGAAGAAGGAGAAUACGUCUGAAGGUCACGAGCCAGGGAGACAGACCAAUACAAGUGGGAAGUCAUUAUCACUUCGCAGAGACCAAUCCCAAGUUGGAGUUUGAUCGUCUGAAGGCCAGAGGCAUGAGAUUGGACAUACCUGCAGGGACGAGCGUACGUUUUGAGCCAGGCGACAGCAAGACUGUCACUUUGGUCGAGAUUGCCGGCAACCAACUGGUUCGGGGCGGCAAUGCUUUGGCAGAGGGUCCUAUAGGAGACGAAAGUGCGACGCAAGCUAUAUUGCAGCGACUGCAGAGUGGUGGCUUCUUGCACAAAGAGGAGCCGGCGAGCGAUCAACCACUUGAUCCAUUCAUCAUGGCAAGAGAAGCCUACAUUGCCAUGUUCGGUCCAACCACUGGGGACAAGAUCCGGCUCGGACCCACCGAUCUGUGGAUCCAGGUUGAGCGAGAUUUGACAGUCUAUGGUGAUGAAUGUUCCUUCGGUGGUGGCAAGACUCUUCGUGAUGGAAUGGGUCAAGCAUCUGGACGCUCUAACAACGAAAGCCUCGACACUGUUGUCACCAACGCCCUCAUCGUUGACUGGACCGGAAUCUACAAAGCUGACAUUGGCAUUAAGAAUGGCAUCAUCGUUGGGAUUGGCAAAGCUGGUAACCCGGAUGUCAUGGCGAAUGUUGAUCCGAAUAUGGUAGUGGGAAGUGGUACCGAUGUCAUUGCUGGAGAGCACAAGAUUAUCACCUACGGUGGCUUCGACUCACAUAUUCACUUCAUCUGUCCUCAGCAGGCUCAUGAAGCUAUCGCCAGCGGCAUUACGACAUUUUUGGGUGGAGGCACAGGGCCAAGCACUGGGACGAAUGCCACGACGUGUACACCAAGCCCGAACAACAUCAAGUGGAUGCUGCAGACUACCGACGCUUUCCCGCUGAACAUUGGUGUGACUGGCAAGGGCAAUGAUGCUGAUCCUACUAGUUUGAGGGAACAGGCUGAUGCUGGCGUAUGCGGCCUCAAGCUCCACGAAGAUUGGGGGACAACCCCCAAAGCCAUCGACACCUGCCUCUCAGUCUGUGAAGAACACGACAUUCAGUGCCUCAUCCACACCGACACCUUGAAUGAAUCUGGCUUUGUCGAAACGACCGUAGCUGCCUUCAAGAACCGCACAAUCCACACCUAUCACACCGAAGGUGCUGGAGGUGGCCAUGCUCCUGAUAUCAUCUCAGUCGUUGAGCAUGAGAACGUUCUGCCUUCGUCUACAAACCCAACAAGACCCUACACUGGCAACACUCUGGACGAGCAUCUCGACAUGCUGAUGGUCUGCCAUCAUCUGUCGAGGAACAUUCCGGAAGACGUAGCGUUUGCAGAGUCCCGCAUUCGAGCAGAGACAAUCGCCGCAGAAGACGUGCUUCACGAUCUCGGCGCUAUCAGCAUGAUGUCCUCAGAUUCCCAAGCCAUGGGUCGUUGCGGAGAAGUCAUUCUUCGAACAUGGAAUACUGCCCACAAGAACAAAGUCCAACGCGGUUUCCUGCCCGAAGACAAGGGUUCCGGCGCGGACAACUUCCGUGUGAAGCGAUACAUCAGCAAAUACACCAUCAACCCAGCCAUCGCACAAGGCAUGGGUCACUUGAUCGGCUCCAUCGAAGUGGGCAAACUGGCGGAUCUCGUGCUCUGGAAUCCCUCCAACUUCGGUGCUAAACCAACACAGGUGGUCAAGGGAGGGAUGGUUGCUUGGUCGCAGAUGGGUGAUCCGAAUGCUUCGAUUCCUACAGUCGAGCCUGUCAUUAUGAGGCCUAUGUUCGGCGCUUGGAAUCCGGCCACUGCAGUGGCGUGGGUCAGCCAGUCGAGCGUGGAGAAGGGAGUCGUGGAGCAGUACGGCUUGAAGAAGAGGAUCGAGCCUGUGAGGAAGUGUCGCGGCAUUGGGAAGAGUGACAUGAAGUGGAAUGAUUCCAAGCCCAAGAUGAAGGUUGAUCCGGAGCGAUAUACUGUCGAAGCCGACGGGAUGUUGUGUCAGGCUGAGCCGGCUGCGACUUUGCCUUUGUCGCAGGCUUAUUUCGUGUAUUGA